UCCAAUUUCACAUCUAAAUUGAUAAGAAUUAGUUUUUACUUUUCUAUUAUUAUUUUAGACAUUCACGUAUGCUAAUAUCCCACUUAUUCAUCCAUUUAAUGUUUUAUUUCAUUUACGUGCUCUUCCUUCCAUCUAAUUUCUCUCCAGCUCUAAUUUUCUUUCCCUAUUGUUAUUUUGGGCAGCAUAUAACAAUUUAUAACAUUUACAGCACGUCUGUGUAUUUUGCUGGGGAUACUUGCAGGAAGCUCCACUGAUGGCUUCGUACAUUCCGCUGAUUAUACUGUGCACCACUUUUAUGUGUUCCUUCUUUUUCAAUACUGAACACGCUGAGGCUGCAGUUUCACAGGAUGAAUUUGGAGCAUUAAAAACAGUUGCAAGCAAACUGGGUAAAGUAGAUUGGGAUUUUAGUGGUGAUCCAUGCACAGGCACCGGCUUUGAAGGACUCACUUGUGAUUCUGUCAAUGGUUCUCAUGUUACCAACAUAACACUUCCAAAACUCAAUCUUGGGGGAGAGCUUUCACCAGAGCUUGCCAAAUUGUCAUACCUUAAAGGACUAGAUCUGUCAGACAACUAUUUAACUGGCCCAAUACCUCCACAAUUGGGAUCCAUGUCUUCCUUGAGAAAUUUGACUCUGUCACAAAAUCUUUUAUCUGGUCCUAUUCCUAAGGAGAUAGGAGAUCUCCCAAGUUUGGUCGAAUUGAGCAUUCACUCCAACCAUCUUUCUGGUACACUCCCACCAGGGAUUGGAGACUUGAAAAAACUUGAGAAGCUGAGCAUUCACUCCAACCAUCUUUCUGGUACACUCCCACCGGAGAUUGGAAACUUGAAAAAACUGGAGAUUCUGUAUAUAUCCUCUAAUCAGUUCAUUGGAGAAAUACCUCAAACAUUUAUCAAAUUAGUGAAUCUGAAAGAAUUUUUGGCAUCCAGCAACAAUUUUACUGGUAACAUACCAGAUUUUCUUGGAAACUUUGGCUCGCUAGAAACAUUGAUGCUUCAAGGAACUUCAAUGAAUGGACCAAUUCCUUCAACUCUUUCAAAAUUAACACAAAUAAAAUACUUGAGGAUAAGUGACAUAACUCAAGGCGGUUCUUCUUUGGGCUUCAUAUUGCCUCUGAUCAAUCUGAAAGAAUUGGUUCUAAGAAACAACAACAUCACUGCAGAAUUUCCAGCAGGCAUUCAAAAUGCUUUAUUAAAGUUGGAAUCUUUGGAUUUGAGUUUUAACAACUUAAUUGGAGAGAUUCCACAAUCCUUCAACUUACCACGACUAAGCUUUCUGUUCCUUGGGAAUAAUAGUUUAACAGGAACAAUCCCUUACUGGCUGUCUCAGUUUCAAGGAACAGUUGAUUUGUCUUAUAACAGUUUGACAGGGGAUAUUCCAGUGGUAUUGAACGUUGAAAAUUCAACUGUGAAUCUGAUCGGGAACUUUUUAACAGAUCACAGUUCGAUGUCUUGUCUCCAAAGAAAUGUCUCAUGUGGUGAACGAGCAUCACAGUAUCCUUUGGCUAUUGAUUGUGGUGGAUCAAAAUUAGAAAAUCCGGCCCGAAGCCUUGUUUUUGAUGAGGAUAAUGAACUGGGUAUCUCACCAUUUCAUCUUAGUUCCAGCAAAAACUGGGGAGUCAGUAAUAUAGGAUAUUAUCUUGAAUAUUUUACAACUCAGUACAUAGCUGAGCCUCAGAUGAAGACUCUAUACUUGGUCAACAAUAACAUUACAUUCAACUCUACAAUUCAUCCACAUAAUAACACCAUGAUCACCUCCGGCAUUGAUCAACAACUAUAUAUGACAGCGCGUACUGCUACAAUCUCUCUGAGGUACUAUGGCCUAGGCCUUCAAAAUGGACCAUACAGUGUAGAGGUCCACUUUGCAGAGAUACAAUUUGUCGAUACCAAAACCUCGAAAGGAGUAAGGAUCUUUGAUAUCUAUAUUCAGGGAAUUGAAGUGAUGAAAGAUUUCAAUAUAAAGGAGGCUGCUGGAGGGAAAAAUUUGGUGGUUGUUAAGAACUACAAAACAAAUGUUACAAAAAACAUCAUAGAGAUUCAUUUCUUUUGGGCCGGUAAAGGGACAUGUUGUGAGCCAAGAGAAGGAACAUAUGGACCUUUGGUGUCAGCUAUUAUAGUUGCUCCUGAUUUCGUACCACGUAUUCCCAAGAACAAAAAACCUAUUAAGCUAGUUAUAAUAAUUCCGGCAGUAACUGUGACUUUGGGUCUUUUGCUGAUAUUGUCUCUAAUAUUUAUAAAGAAGACAAAAAAGUGGGACAGCAUAUUUUACUUUGUCACUAGGGACAAAGAAUUGAAGAAAAUGAAGGGAAAUUCUUUCAGCUUAAGGGUGAUUAAAAGUGCAACAAAAAAUUUUGAUCCCAAAAAUAAGAUAGGAGAGGGUGGGUUUGGCGCAGUUUACAAGGGUGCACUACCAGGUGGAACGAAGGUGGCAAUAAAGCAGUUAUCAUCCCUGUCCAGACAAGGGAAUCAGGAGUUUCUAAACGAAGUAACCACAAUCUCUGCAGUGAAACAUCCAAAUCUUGUUAAACUUUAUGGUUGUUGUGUAGAAGGGGGCGAGCUUCUCUUGGUAUACGAAUACAUUGAAAAUGGCAAUCUUGCUGAAGCUUUAUUUGGUACUGAUGAGGCUAGAGUUGAGCUAGAUUGGUCUACUCGGUAUAGAAUUUGCCUAGGAGUUUCCCGUGGGCUUGCAUAUCUUCAUCAGGAGUCAGUCAUGAAAAUUGUGCAUAGGGACAUUAAACCUACAAACAUUCUUCUUGAUAAAAACCUAAACCCCAAAAUAGCAGAUUUUGGGCUGGCCAGACUAUUUGAGGAGGAAGGUACUCAUGUCAGCACAAGGAUUGCUGGAACCCUUGGGUAUCUGGCUCCAGAGUAUGCUUUAAAAGGGCAUCUCUCAGACAAGUCAGAUGUUUACAGCUUUGGAGUAGUCGUGCUUGAAGUUGUCAGUGGUAGAAAACACACGGACAUGACCUUGGAGGAAGAAAGGGCUUAUCUUCUUGAAUGGUCUUGGCAUUUAUAUGAGCAAAACAGGGUACUAGACUUAGUAGAUGUGAACCUGGUGCAAUCAGGAUUCAAUGAAGAAGAAGUGAUAAGGAUGAUUCACAUUGGUCUCUUGUGCACUCAUGAUAAUCCCAAUGCAAGACCUAGUAUGACAGCAGUUGUUGAAAUGAUGGAAGGAAGUAUGGCAACACCUGCUCCGCAGUCUGGACCGGGAUAUCUUACUCAGUUACAAACUUGGGACCUGGCUGCUGGCAAUUUCCACGUUCAGGAACAGUCCUCAACAAGCGUCAUGAGCCAAAGCACCCCACUCACGGCUAAUUGGGAAGACAUAUCUUAACGGUUGAGAAGAAAAGCUUCAAAAUUGCAUAAGAAAUACUGUUUUUCCCAGUUGCAGACAUAAUGCCCUCGUGGAAUAUAUGUCAGCUUAGAAUGAUCCUAUAAGCCAUGAUUGACAGGAUUUUAUGCUCGCUUAAUUAUGAGUGAAGUAUGCAUAGAUGAUAUUACACAUUUAUUCUUAUGCUCGCUUAAUUAUGAGUGAAGCAUGCAUAGAUGAUAUUACACAUUUAUUCUUAAAUUGUAAAUUAAAAUAUCUAUAUUUUUU